AUUACGCCUCGUUCUCGAGAAGGUUCCGUCUCGCUCUACCACGAACAGAUAUUUGAUCUCGGCUUCGAGAUUGUUCUGUUAAAAUUUAUAAUGGAUCCAGAAACUGAGAAAUUGGUACCCCGCGAUCUCGGAGGUAUCUUUUCAUGUUGCCCAAUCUUUCUCCCUCUCCGCCUCAAAUUCAUCGAAACCCCUGCCCCUCGAUCGAUCCAUCCUCAUCUCGACAACGCCGACGAAGUCAUUUGCGCCGUCGGGAAAUCACAUCAAAGGUAAAUGUCUGCGUUUGAGAAUGUUGUUGGUGGGAAGCUGAAGUUGAAAGGGAAGCCUUUGAAUGUAAAAGCUGGUGGAGUAAAGAAGAAGAAGAAGAAAAACAAGUAUCAUUACGAGAACAACUCAGAAACUUUAAGAAACGAGCUUCAAGAAGGGGACAUUAUAGAAUCUGACAAAUUGGGAGAUGAAGGGCAUCGACCGUCUUAUCAUCAUCUAACCCCAGCUGAGAGGCGCUAUAUGGAGCAGAGGGAGAAGAUAGAGAUGCGAAGGCUAGCAAAGAUGGCGAGCAAAUCUCACCGUGAUCGGAUUCAGGAGUUCAACCAGUACUUAGCCAACCUCACCGAGCACUAUGACAUCCCUAAAGUUGGCCCUGGUUAACAAGAAACAAAGUUGGUUUCAUCUGCGCGAAGAAACUGUGCUAUAAUCUGCGCCUUUCAGAAGGAACAAAUCAAGUUUGUGUAGUUUAUCACGCGUUUAAUUCUCUAAAUUUUGGGCAAAGUGAUGGGACGAUCCGUGUUUGUCA